AUGGCCAGAGGAAAACAAAAGGAACAAGCUCGGGAGAAAGCUCAAAAACAAGCUGAAGCUAGAGCGGGUGGCAAGUCACAACUUAAUGCUCGUGCUGCUGGGUUACAAUUUAAAUGCCCCAUUUGUAAGAGUCCUGCGGCCAACUAUAAAGUUGUGGUUCAACAUAUGGAGGCUAAACAUCCAAAAGACGCUGUUCCAAGUGAGGAAUCUUUUCAAGCUGUAAAACCCACUCGGACAACCACAAUACAAGUGACUAUAACUGAGUCACCUUCCAGUAACAGUGGCUCUGGAUCAGGAGCACCAAAAAAAAUAAUAGUUCCUGAGAGUACGGCUGCUACUAUAGCAACUGGAAAUCAGCAAGGAGGAAAUGCUGCUACCACUACUCCAGUAAUGACAAAUAAUAAUCACGUCGGAGCUUAUCCACCAAAUUCAAAUCCUAGUCCUAAUUAUGGCGGUGGUGGAGGCUACAUGCCAGCACCGGGUACACCCGAAUCAUAUUCAACUUCAACAAAUCUAACCGGAAAUCCACCACCACAAUAUCAGAUAUCACCAAAUCAAGGAUAUCAAAAUAUCGAACAAUAUAAACCGCCACUUACUCCACAGGGAGCUUAUCCUCCAUCUACACUCCCCCAACAACCGCAGGGCGGUUAUCCAAUACCACAGGGUGAUUAUUCACCAUAUACAUUACCCCAACAAUAUCAACCACCACCGCACUCACAAGUACCACAACAAUUUCAAGGAGGAAUGCCUUAUCCUCCAUUUCAAAAAUGA